CUUGUUUAUGUUGACGGCGAUCUUGUUUUGUUUCAAAUAUGCAACUCAUAGGUCAAAUUUUUUUGUAGCCUUCAAAGCGUUUAUUCAAAAAGCUGUUUCUAAUAAGCAGUAUCUUUUGAUCCUUCUCCAAUCUGAAGUUUUUUUAAUAUUUAUUGAAUGCACGGUUGAAAUGUAUUUUCGUUUGCCCCCGAGUUGUCGCCAAUAUGGCAUCCCAACGAAACGAUAUUCUAGCAACCCUAAUGAUGUUUUGUUUACUACUUUUUACAAUGAUUGAGCCGGCGACUUGGCAUCCUUGGCGCUGCAAGGGACACAGUAAACUACCCUUUUACCAUAUUACCUAUAUUAAGGGAUAGCGGCCUUUGUUGCCAAAAAUCCUACUUCAGCCAAUCAAUCAAAUCAGCUGGGAACGAAUUUACCUAUUGUUCAUUCGAAAGAAGGGGAUAACUUCCUUUGUUGCUACCUAUCCCUUUCUCAUCCUUUCAAAUUUUAAUGAAACUGAAUAUAAUAGCUUUUGUUGCUAUACUUUCCACACUGUUUGUAUUCAAGAAAUAUAACUAUUCUACAGAAACUUAACAAUCUGAUUGGUUUCAGUAACAUAAUUAGAAUUUUUCAUAUUCUAAAAGUAGAUUUUUCAAAAUGGUUAGAAAAAAGACUCGUGCUAAAAGUUUUAAUGCAACACCAAUCAAACUGAAAUGUCCUGAAUUAAUAAAGCCCCAUCUUCAAAAUUUUGAAAACUUUGUAAAGAUGUCUGCAUCAUCAUCAUGUAGUCAGAAGUACAAGAUUGGUGACUUCCCUCUUAUUCUUUAUGAUGCAUAUGAUUGUAUGAAUGCCAUGGUUGCUUACCUGCAUUUUAAAGAAGAUUCUACUGAAUGCUUUCUUUGGUGGGAAGAAAUUCAUGAUGGUAAUGAAAAACAGGUGAAAUUUUCUUUUGCUACCUGUGAAGUGUCUUAUGAGGUUUUAAAGGCCUUAGCCUCCCAAAACCAAUUCCACUUAAUUUGGGAAACAAUAGGACUUCAGUCUAAAAACACAUGUGUUCAUGUUUGCAUCAAUUCCAAUUUAAUUGUACCUUUGAAUUAUGCAUCAGAACCACAUGUGAAUCGAUGCCGAUCCAAGAUACAAACAAUUGUCAAACAUUUUUAUGGCAUUGCUGUGGAAGAAUAUGGAAAGGAUUUUGUGGACGAAGAAGAUCAUGUUGAAAAAGUUUAUGAAUGUAUCAAAAAUAGAUUUGAUCCAAAUAAAAAAGUUGAGGAAGUAUCUCAUCCAUCUCUUAUUCCAAAACUGAGAGAUUAUCAGAAUCAAGCUGUGCAUUGGAUGUUAAAAUGUGAGUCACAUGAAAACAACAGUAAAAAUGAAUCCAGAAAUCAUAUACUUUAUUCUGAGCUGCUUCUUAGUGAUGGAUCAAAAUUGUAUUAUCAGAUGUAUGGGGGAUUCUUUGUCACUAAACAGUUUACAUCCCUUCCACUGGCCAAAGGUGGUAUAUUAGCUGAUGAAAUGGGUUUGGGUAAGACUGUUGAAGUUCUUGCUUGUAUUUUAUUGCAUCCCAGGACGGAUAUCAUUUCACAUGAAGAACAAAUAUAUAAAAACUGUGCAGCUGAAAUUAACAAUGAUAUAUCUGAAAAUGUGAAAUCUUCUACAAAAGGUAAAAGGAGGAAAAACCCUCGUAUGAAAAAGGAGAUAAUCGUCAAUAACAGUAAAAGACAAAGGAGAAACUGUAACAACUUUCAAGAUAAACAAAUUAAAUGUAGAAAAUGUGGAUUAAUACUUGAUGUUUCUGAAACUUCAGAUUUGCCCGUUUGUCUCUUGUGUUCUGAUGGUUACUUCAGUUCUGAUUCUCAGUCAAGUAAUUCCUCUUACAUUUAUGAUGAUGAUGAUGAUUCAGUGAGUAGUGAGAUAGAAUUUUCAGAACUUCAAGAAGAUAGUUUCUUUGAAUGUGUCUGUGGAUCUGAAUUUAGUGUAAGGAGAAAGAAGAAAACAAUAGUUCAGUGUAAAAAUUGUGGACUCCAGCAGCAUGCUGAAUGUGUUCUGGCCAGUAUAACUGAAGAAUCUUUUGUAAACUACUUGUGUCCAUAUUGCUGGGUUGAACCCUCAAAGGAACCUGUUCCAUCCCCUGCUACUCUUAUUGUAUCACCAUCAGCUAUUCUAUAUCAGUGGGAACAAGAAAUUUCAAGGCAUAUAAAAAAAGAUGGUUUGAAAGUCUUCUUGUAUGCUGGAGUUGAGCGCCACAGAUUCAUUAAUCCAAAAGAUUUGGCAAAUUAUGAUAUUGUCCUUUCAUCCUAUGAAAUAUUUAGAAAAGAACUCAGUCAUGUCAAUGUGCCACAUGGAGAAAAACAACGUCCGUUGCGCUACCCCAAAAAAUUUAGAACACUACCUUCGCCUUUAUCAGCUGUCGAAUGGUGGCGUAUAUGUCUUGAUGAGGCUCAGAUGGUUGAAGGUGUGACAACAAAACCAUCACAAAUGGCUCUUCAACUUAAAUGUAUUAACCGCUGGUGUGUUACUGGUACACCAAUUCAGAAGUCAAUUGAAGAUUUAUAUGGAUUGUUACUCUUUCUUGGCUAUGACCCUUAUCAUGAAAAAUUGUGGUGGAAGGAAUUAUUAUGGAAACCUUUUGCAUGUGGGAAACCUGAUAAAUUGGCUAUUGUAUUAAAUAAUGUCCUGUGGCGUACUCCCAAAAAUUUUGUUUUACAUCAGAUGGGCAUUCCACAGCAAGAAUUUCUUGUCCAUAAAAUUGAAUUUUCUCAGAUUGAAAAAGUUUUUUAUGAAAGUAUACGUUCAAGAUGUAUAAAGGAUUUCAUGGAAAAUAUUAGAAAGUAUGAUUGUGAAGAUUUAAACCUGCGAAAUAUGGAUAAGCAUGUGCUUAGUAAGAUAUUGUUACCCUUGAAAAAAUUGCAAAAGGCUUGCUGUCAUUUUCAACUAGCUCAAAAUAACUUGACUGAUGUGCAGAAAAAUACAAUGACCAUCCCUGAACUUCUUGACCAUUUAUUAAAAAAUGCCUCAUAUGAAUGUGAAGAAGUUCAUAGAAAACUGAUUUUAGCCUUGAAUGGUGUUGCAGGUGUGUUUACUAUUAAAGAAGAAUAUAAAAAUGCUUGUGAAUUGUAUAAAAAAGUUUUACUUUCUGUAGAAGAACACAAAAAUGUAAUCAGAACUGAUAUUUUACAGCAAAUUCACACCCUACAUAAUUACUCAAAAUUACUCUCUUUGUGGAUAAGCAAGACAAAUGAUUAUUCCGAUAUUAAAAUGAUAAUAGCGAGUGAAAAUGUGUCAGAUUUUACAGAAGAAUUAAAAAGUAAAUCUGCCGAGCUCAGUGAAACUUAUUUGCAGAAAUUUACUUCGAUUAUGCAGAACUGUAAAGAUAUGCUCAGACAAAUAAGCGAAGAAAUACAUAAAAUCAAAUCACAGUUCAAAUGUAAUACAAAAUCUCUUACUACUUCCAGUUGGUGGUUUGAAAUUCUUGAUAAUAUGAAUGAGGAUGAGAAAAAAUCAUUCAUCCAAAGAAUAAAAGAAUCCUUAAUGGAUGCACCUGGAAGAAGCUUUUUACCUGAUUCAAUUUCCAUUUCUGACAGGUUCCAUGAUUGUUCUGGCCUUGGAUAUACUUUAAUUUCUUUGUCAGAUGAACUUCAUGCAGCACGUUCUUCUUUGAUUGAUGCUGUGAAUAAUAUCACUUUGACACCUGAUUCAAAUUUACUUAACAAUGCCAUAGAAUGUCACUUAAGACCUACACCAGGACACAAGGUUCCAAGGUGCUUAUACUGUAAAUCUAAUGAUGUUUUUUGUCAAUAUGAGAGCAAGCUUUUUCGUUUCAAUGAAUUAUCGGUUUCUGAUGAAGAAUCUUCUGACACAGAGAAUAUCUGCUUGCCUCAACUUCGUAAAGGCACUCAUGCAGAUAGUGAAUUUGAAUUAAUUUUAAAAAUCUUUGUCAAUUAUGCUCGUCAUCGAAGGGAUUUGCCUGUGCAUUUUGAAGAUGGAUGUAAUGAAUUGAAGCUUUUUGAUGCAUUAAAAAAAGAAUUCAAACAACUUCGAAGCACAUGGAUUCAAAUGAGUGAAUAUGUUAGUGCUAUUGAUGAAUUAGAAAUGGCAAAAAUGUCCAUGAGACUGCUCUUGCCAGGUGAAAAACCACCAAAUCCUCCUGUACCAUACAUAAUUCAACCACAUCAGUUGCAAACAAACAUGAUGCAACUGCAGUCUGAUGUUAUAAGCAAUCAGAAUCUACUGAAGAAGAAACUAGGCCAGUUGUUUUACUUGCAGAAUCUGAAAAAGGCUCAGAAUUCUGAAGUACCAUUUGAAGAGACCUGUCCAGUGUGUCAUUUAAAGCUUGAAACAUCGUGGUCUGUACUUCAAUGUGGACACAGCUUUUGUCUUGGUUGUAUGCACAUGUUAACUAACUCACCAGCGAAUUCUCUGAGAACUUCCAUCCGUUGUCCUGUUUGUCGUGAAGUGACGAAUACUAGUGAUAUAUAUUACAUUGAUAGUCCUCAAAUAGCCAAUGAAGAAAUUUGCAUGAAGGGAAGUUAUUCUACAAAAAUAUCUGCUGUUAUAAAAUGUCUUCUCAAGAUUAAGAAGAAGGACCCAUCUGCUAAGUCCUUGGUUUUCUCAACUUGGGCAGAUCUUUUAUGUCUCUUAAAACAUGCUUUGACUGAAAAUGAAAUCGCUUUUGUGGGUCUCGACAGCAGACGACACUUUCAGGAAAAUUUAGAUCUUUUCAAACAAAGUUCAAAUGUUAAUGUCCUUUUACUUCCUUUAAAUGUGGGAGCAAAUGGAUUAAACAUUAUUGAAGCUACAAAUGUGUUAUUGACUGAACCAGUGCUGGAUAAUUCAAAAGUCCUUCAAGCUAUAGGACGUGUUCACCGAAUAGGACAAACAAGGGAAACAGUUGUUCAUAAGUUCGUGAUCAGUUCAACAAUUGAAGAAAAUCUUCAUGAAAUACAUAAGAACAAUUUAUCAUCUGAGGCUGUUGGAAACCCUAUGACAGUGAAAGAUUUAAAGCAUCUUUUUGAUGAAAAUUGAAAAUAUAUUUCAUGCAUAGGUGUAUUCAUAGUCACUGUAUAUUGUUUUCUGUUAUUUUAUUAAUUUUUCUGCCAAACAUACGUGAUAUAUUUUUUAAUUCAAUUAUAGUUCUAUCCAAAAGGUCCAAUUUCUAAAAAAAAAUUGAAUUCAAUUUUUUUUAAAUUGGGAAUUUUCAUAUUUUGUCUAUUAACUGUUUUUAGCUAAAUGAAUAUUGAAUGUUUUAAUUGUACGAGUUUUUAAUUAAAUUGCAAGAUUGUCAAUAUUAUCAUUAUGUUUUUUCAGAAGAGGUCAUAUAACAAAGCUUUGUUAAUUUAAUUUUAAAAAGUAAUUAAAAGUUCAAAUAAGAUUUUUAUUUUUUUUAAAUAACUACUGGCAGUAUUUUAAUACAUUUAGUUUGACCAAAUCAUUUUUUGAUUCAAGCAAAUCAUUCCAACACUUCUGUCCACUCAUAAGAAUCGAAUAAUGUCUUUUAAAAACCAUGUUUAUCUUUUUUUAUUUCGUCUGUCAGAAUUGUUAUUUCUGUUGAGAAAGCGAUUGAAGUAUUGCCGAUUUAUUCAGUUGAAAAGUUGAAAAGAUGUGUUAUGAUUAACAUCACUUCUAAACACUAAAUUUUGUUAGUCUGAAUUAGAGCAAUUUUGUAGCAAACCUAAUUUAUUCAUUUAAAUUUUUCAAUUUUUAUUAACACUAAUAUUUUAGAAUAUAUAUAUAUAUAUAUAUGCUCUUUACAGAAAUAUUUUAUAAGUAAUGCAUAUGCGGUUUUUUUUUCCCUUAUUCCUUGAAAUAUAUUUGUAAAUUAUUGCAACAUUUUAUUUAUAAAUUUUUAUUUAUAAAAUUUUUAAUGCUGAAACCACACACUUUUAAACAUACUUUUUAUAUUAUGGGAUAUUGUAAUAUAUGAAUAUAUUAUAUUAAUUAAGUUCAAUUUUAUAUUUUAUUAAAGUGCUCCUGCAUAAAGGUAACAUGUCCUUGCAUUAAAAUAGUUGUGUUUAUAGUUAAAAUGUUUAUUAAGUUUUAUUUGAUAGCAUUCAUUCUUAUAAUAGAUAUAUAAUUUUGGUCCUUAAUGUUCCUUACUCAUAAAACGUUUCUGUAUGGAGAAAGAGAAUGAAUAUGCAGUUUUCCCAUAAAUUAUUUUCAAUUUUCUAAUUGCAUAAUCAGUUUUAAAAUUACAUGAUUAAUUUAGAUAAUAUCUAUGAAUUUAAAGCACGAUUCUCGUUUUCAAAAUCUUUGUGGAUAAAUUUAUUAAUUUCUUUAAUUUCUUAUGUCAUUUAUCAGCUAAUAUAUACAAUGCUUUUAUUGUAAAAAAUGUAGCAAUUCUUUUUAAAUGACACUUGAAAAAGAUUGACUUUGUGAUUGCUGUAGAAACCUCUGAAAGUUCUCCGUCGAUUUUUGAUUGCUGAUUCAGUGUGGUUUUACUAUGGAUUCUACUACAACAUUCUGUUGUUAACAUACCUAUGUCAUGUUACCUUAAUGAAAUCCAUCCUGCCAAACCUAAUACAAAGGAAGUUAAUUUCAUGAUUUUGAGCACUUUCUUUUUGCCUCUAUCAUCCCAUUUAUGGAUGAUCGAAUAAUUAAAGUUAUGGAGUUGUGAAACUUCCUGCCUUUAUCGAUUUGGUUUUGUAACUACUAAGUUUCUUUAUAUUCCUCCAAUAAUUUAAAAACGCCUAUAGUUAGCUUUUCACCAUUUUUUUUUUUCUAAUGCCAUUAUGACUAAAUCUUUGUUUAUGCAAUAGUAAUUUUUUUUGUACAUUUUUUGUAGACAACCCAUUCAUCUCUUUUGUGCAAUUUCUUUCAUUUUUUUCAGCUUGAUAAAUCACAAAACAGAAUAAUAAUAAUAAUAAUAAACUUGAGAGCAAUCACAAAAAAUGGAAUCCUUUAAAUAUUUCUAAAGUACCUAAGUUAAAUCAAAACAAUGUGUCAUCUUGUUGAAAUGUACAGAAGAUAAUUUAUUUAAAUGGUUAAAUUCAGCAUGCUUAUAUAAUUUUAUUUUUUUUAAGUGUCUUAUUAUUCCUGAACGUAUUAAGUUAUAAUUUAUUUAGUCAUUCUGUAUAUAUUCGGUAUUAUUUUGCAUUAUUCAUAAUUUUUUUAAAGAAUCAACUGUCUUUCAAAUUAUAUCAUUCAUUGACAUAUGAAUGUGAAUUUUGAAUCACUUUUGGGACUAUGCAGUGUAAUUUUUGCGAAAUGUUUCGCAGGGAUUUUAAUACAUUUGGUAUUGUACAGUAAAUGAACCUUUGAAAAUCAUUUAAUGUACAUUGUUAUCAUUUUUUUUAAGAAGAAGAAUCGAUUGUCUUUGAUGUAAGAUCGUUCAUUGAUAUAUGAAUGUAAAUCUUGAAUCACUUUUGGGACUAUGCAAUGUAAUUUUUGCGAAAUGUUUCGCAGGGAUUUUAAUACAUUUGGUAUUGUACAGUAAAUGAACCUUUGAAAAUCAUUUAAUGUACAUUGUUAUCAUUUUUUUAAGAAGAAGAAGAAGAAUCGAUUGUCUUUGAUGUAAGAUCGUUCAUUGAUAUAUGAAUGUAAAUCUUGAAUCACUUUUGGGACUAUGCAAUGUAAUUUUUGCGAAAUGUUUCGCAGGGAUUUUAAUACAUUUGGUAUUGUACAGUAAAUGAACCUUUGAAAAUCAUUUAAUGUACAUUGUUAUCAUUUUUUUUUAAGAAGAAGAAGAAGAAUCGAUUGUCUUUGAUGUAAGAUCGUUCAUUGAUAUAUGAAUGUAAAUCUUGAAUCACUUUUGGGACUAUGCAAUGUAAUUUUUGCGAAAUGUUUCGCACACAUUUUAAUACAUUUGGUAUUGUACAGUAAAUGAACCUUUCAAGAUCAUUUAACGUACAUUGUUAUCAUUUUUUUUUUUGAAGAAGAAGAAGAAUCGAUUGUCUUUGAUGUAAGAUCAUUCACUGAUAUAUGAAUGUAAAUCUUGAAUCACUUUUGGGACUAUGCAAUGUAAUUUUUGCGAAAUGUUUCGCAAGUAUUUUAAUACAUUUGGUAUUGUACAGUAAAUGAACCUUUCAAGAUCAUUUAACGUACAUUGUUAUCAUUUUUUUGAAGAAGAGGAAUCGAUUGUCUUUGAUGUAAGAUCAUUCAUUGAUAUAUGAAUGUAAAUCUUGAAUCACUUUUGGGACUAUGCAAUGUAAUUUUUCGAAAUGUUUCGCAGGGAUUUUAAUACAUUUGGUAUUGUACAGUAAAUGAACCUUUUAAGAUCAUUUAACGUACAUUGUUAUCAUUUUUUUGAAGAAGAAGAAUCGAUUGUCUUUGAUGUAAGAUCGUUCAUUGAUAUAUGAAUGUAAAUCUUGAAUCACUUUUGGGACUAUGCAAUGUAAUUUUUGCGAAAUGUUUCGCAGGGAUUUUAAUACAUUUGGUAUUGUACAGUAAAUGAACCUUUGAAAAUCAUUUAAUGUACAUUGUUAUCAUUUUUUUUAAGAAGAAGAAGAAGAAGAAUCGAUUGUCUUUGAUGUAAGAUCGUUCAUUGAUAUAUGAAUGUAAAUCUUGAAUCACUUUUGGGACUAUGCAAUGUAAUUUUUGCGAAAGGUUUCGCAAGGAUUUUAAUACAUUUGGUAUUGUACAGUAAAUGAACCUUUCAAGAUCAUUUAAUGUACAUUGUUAUCAUUUUUUUGAAGAAGAGGAAUCGAUUGUCUUUGAUGUAAGAUCGUUCAUUGAUAUAUGAAUGUAAAUCUUGAAUCACUUUUGGGACUAUGCAAUGUAAUUUUUGCGAAAUGUUUCGCAGGGAUUUUAAUACAUUUGGUAUUGUACAGUAAAUGAACCUUUGAAAAUCAUUUAAUGUACAUUGUUAUCAUUUUUUUUAAGAAGAAGAAGAAGAAUCGAUUGUCUUUGAUGUAAGAUCGUUCAUUGAUAUAUGAAUGUAAAUCUUGAAUCACUUUUGGGACUAUGCAAUGUAAUUUUUGCGAAAUGUUUCGCACACAUUUUAAUACAUUUGGUAUUGUACAGUAAAUGAACCUUUCAAGAUCAUUUAACGUACAUUGUUAUCAUUUUUUUGAAGAAGAAGAAUCGAUUGUCUUUGAUGUAAGAUCGUUCAUUGAUAUAUGAAUGUAAAUCUUGAAUCACUUUUGGGACUAUGCAAUGUAAUUUUUGCGAAGUUUUUCC